AUGGCCACCGCUGCCGCCAUCGCUGACCCAGCCCCUCAAGCUGUCAAUGAGACAGAGCCCGACCUGGGCUCUGCCGACUCAACUCUCGAGAAGCGCAGAUGCGGUGGUUUCUGGAACACCUGCAACACUGGCGGAUCGGGCAUCCGCUACUUGGGCAACGGCGACGUCAACUUCUUCACCACCCGGUGCGGCGACGGCCACGGAGGGUACAAGGGCUCCGGCAUUGACCUGGGCCGUUGCCUGCAGAACAGGGGCGGUAAUCUGGCCCCGGGCAGCCAGUACUUCAAGACUUGUCAUGACAUUGACAUCCAGGGAUACACUACGCUUGUUGCUACCUGCGGAGACGGCAAGAAAGACCAUCGCACUUCUAUCGAUCUCAGUGUGUACCACAAGAGGAUUGCGUUUAGGGAGUGGUUUUACUGA